CUGUCAUGGCGGCGCCCAUAACGCUCUAGCGAAAGGAAUCUAAACACGUUCAUGAAAUAAUAAAGCGCUGUGGAGCGAAGCAGCCAUGAAGUUCAAAGAUCUGCUGAAGUGGAACGCCAGAGUAUCCGCCGUGUACGCGAUUGGUAUUUGGACCAUGGUCGGCUCGUACGCUUACCUGAAAUACACAGGUCGCUGCGAGGUCGCGCCAGUGAAAAAAGAAGAAGUGGAAGAGCCGCAGGAUCCAAACCAGGAGGUCUACAAGACGGCACACACCAAAACUGUCAUCACCUAUAAGAAAGACUUUGUCCCGUACACCACAAGGAUCUAUAAUCUCAUCUCAUCCUUCAGCAGCGAUCGAGGGGCUGGAGACGACAACAAAUGAACCUCUCCAGUUAAUAUUUAUGUAUUUCUGUGAGGACAUUAUAAUGUUUUUGUUUUUUAAGGAAACUCCAGCUGCGUGUCCACCUGUCCUGCUCUGAUGGCCUCAGCCAGCUUUUAGUAUCAAACUGUAAGCAGUAUUCAGUACUGUUCUGUAAUUCAGAUGCUCGUGGUGUGUAAAUAAACCCUCAAAAUGCAGAAAUCUGUUUCAGUAGAAAGAUUAAAGGUUCAUCUGUGAUUCAUGUUAUAGGUUGGAACAGGAUUUGGGGCCUAGUGAUGUUUAAUCCUGGAUUUUCAGUGUGACAGAGGUCGUUUACUUUUUACCUUAUGUUUGAUGAGUGAUGUCAACAGUUGUGAAGUCACCACCAGCUGACCAGUCAGUUCUCUGGAAAAUAAAACCACGACUCCAAGAAGAUCCUUCAGACCACAGAGCUCAGAUUAUAAUAAGAUGUAAAGUUUUUCAACAGCAUUUAAAGUCUUGGUCUUUCCAUGAUAAGCAUCAAUAAGAAAUACGCACUGGAGCCUUGGUCUACACCACAGGCCAGCAAGACAGUUUUCGGCCACCUGGGAUACCGAGUGGCUGAAAACAAAGAGGGAAGA